AUGAGUCUAGUCCAGUCGACUUCUACAGUGUUUAUUCACCCCAAGCUCGACCUGUGUCUCGAUCAAGCAGUGAAGAGUGCCGAUGUUGACCUCGACCGAGCCGUUAAGAACGUCUUCGAUGUAGUGGAGUCGUUACCAUCUCGAGAGGGCCUCACGAGACCGGACCUCCGCAUGCAAGCUCUAGUGAAUCGUGUCGCCAAUCGUAUACAGUUGUCAUCAGUCGAUACGCUCUUCUAUGCAGCCAUGUUGGGCCUCAGUGUCGGCGGCACGAACUGCGACAACAUCUUCGAGGAGCUGCUAUCGGUCAGUCGAGUACAUGAGGUUUCACCGGCCAACCUCGUGAGGCUGUUCCGUGCAAGAGCUCUGGGAACCUGCCCAGGUGAUCGCGAAUGGCAGAUCCUCGCGUCGAUGGUCACCAGUAGUGUCCGACUAGAGGCUCUCGUCCCCCUGUUGGAGUUGCUCUCACUAGCUAAAGUAGAGGAGCCUACCUCCUGGGAGCUGGCCCUUGGGUCCUUAUCGUGGCUUACCUUGUCCGUCCCGGAAUUCCUCACUUGUCUUGGUGCCCUUAAAGCAUGCCCCGAUGUUGAGCUCGCUGCUAAACACUGUGCUAGGGCGGUCCAUGCCCUCGAAUCCGGCUUGGUCUACGAGCUGCUCUCGUUGGCUGAUCGAGACACUCUCCUCUUCACACUGGCUAUCCUCAAGCACCGAUUCGAAUCACAC